CCCGGGUAUUGGUAUCACCAGGCCCGCUGGAAGCCAAUGUCUUGGGAAGGGCCCUGGAUCACAGUCAUGCUCAACUACGAUGGGGGUGAUGAAGUGAGGAUGAAAAUUAACGUGGAAGGGGCAAAAGAGGUGGAGAUGCGGACUGAUGGAAAACUGCAGGAUGCGAUCACGGAGGCGAAAGACCGUGCGGAGAGGCGCUGCAGGAGGGACGGAGUGACAGCAAGAUUGCAGGUAACGGUCUCGUACCAUGAGACCGAGACCUCAAUGGAUACAGCGGACCUGGAACAAGCCCACGUGGACAGGGACUCAGGUGGGGAGAGCGAAAUGAGUGAAGCAGGGGACCGGGAGACGGAACUCAGGUCCUGGAAUAGGCCAGGCGAAGUCCAGAGGCAUCACCGAGCUGCGAAACCGGUGGAAGAGGGACCCGAGGCCAGCUCUCGACAGCUGACACCCAGAGGCCGUGGGACGGGUGAGAGGCAGAUCGGGGGGAAAAGACAGGAUUCAGGUGGCUCUACAUACAAAGGCCACAACCUCAGAGAGCACGAGGACAUGGCCGAAAGCACAAGAGGCAGACAACUAGAUGAGAGACUGAAUGUGAAGUUCAAAGGGAUGAAUGAGGACUCUUGAUUGGUGCUGGCCAUGCUCUCUUCCAUAUGUACUUUCUGAGACAAUUAUGAGUUCUCAUUCUUCCCUCAUUCAUUUGACCUUGUCAUUGUUCCAGUCAGCCAUGCCUCUUGCAUUAUUCUUGCAUGAUGUUUGCCUUCAUGGAUGUUUUGACACAGUUCUCAAAAUCAGAUUGACGUAAUUGAUGCAAGCAUAGCACCCCAUAAUUUUAGGAUUUCUAUUUGCACGGUUCUCUGUUGUUCCGAAUCAAAAUAAAAGAUUCCU